AGACUACCCCUAGAGUUGCUCUUAGAAUAAGAUGGCUGGUUACGUUUCUGCAGGAAUUUUCUUCAUCUUGAUCCUGGGUACAAGCUACUGCUACCCGACCAAGAAAGAUGGUUCUGAUACAAACCCCGGCGCUGGUGCAGCACAUGGGCUAACCUUCUCCCAGCCCGGUGUUGGGCGUGGACCAGUCAGUUCAUUUGGACCCAACGCUGGUGCUGCUCCUGCGUAUUCAGGAGGUGCAGGCCGUUAUCCUGUGGGACCCGUUUUGCCCAACGCAGGACCAGCUGCAACCCAAGAUGUCGAGUGGCUGAAGGAACCACCUAGCCCUCUUUCUGAUGUGGAUAGCUCUCAAGCUGCUCCUGGGAUGGGUGGAGGAGGAACAGCAGCUGGAGGAGUGGGAGCAGGCAGCUCUCUAUCCCACAGCCACGACUCCGAGCCUGCAGGUCCUCCUGUGCAGUACCAGCCAGGUGAAUUGUCCCAUAUACAGAACACCUUCGAACAUGGCAACUACGACACUGAAACGGAAAGCCAGGGAGCCGCGGCUCCGUCACCUGGUGGUGGAUCUCUGCCUGGACCGGUCAUCCUGGACGCUGCCACGGGCCUCGCGCUGCUCAACCCAGACUACUACAGCGUGUAUCCUUACUACGACUUCCUGUUCCUGACGGGCCAGUAUCCUCCAGGCACGGUGUCUCACUUCAGCAGCAACUUCGAGCAGGGCAAGGACUUCUGGCACGAUACUCAUUACAACAAGUACUACCUUCCCCGUGACAGUGACGGUCAGCAAGUGAAGGCCGUUCCCCCUGUGAAGCAGCAGACUGGGCUUUGGCCCUGAGCACCUCGGUGGAUAAAUGACUCUACAGAAUGUUACACUUGGUGCGGUCUGAUCAGUGGUCCUCUUCCUCUAAAGAUGCAUUUGAUGUAAA